ACACAGGGAACGGGGGACGCCAGAGACCUGGCAUCCCGCCCCCGUCCCCCGUCGCCACCGAGAGUAAGAUGGACUCUGAGCCGGCAGCGUGCAGCAGACUCACCGCAGCUUCGAGGAGCGACCCUCUGUCCGGCACCAGACUCAGACUACCGGGGCACCGCCGCCGAUAGUCCAGAGACCACCGCACGACCGACACGGUACCGACGGUACACGUAACCGCCACGCACCGCCCCGCACAGCCCCGCAGCCCGGAGCACGCUGCGCGUCACCGCGGCUAGCUGCUAGCUGUUAGCCGUUAGCUGCUAGCUCCCUCUGCUAGCUGUUAGCCGUUAGCUCCCUCUGCUAGCUGUUAGCUGUUAGCUCCGCUCAGGAUGCCGCGGAGUAAGAAGGGGAGGAGAGGCUCCAGCAAGCCGGGUAUGAAAAAUGGGGUAAAGGGAGAGUCUGGUCCCAGCGAUGAUGAGCUGACGUCUGAGGUUCUCAGCCACUGCAGCAGUGCCAGCGAAUGCACUUCUGUUCAGGAGGAGGUCGUAGGAGGUGAGCAGGUGGAUGAACAGACUGCCCAGGAAGAAACAGAAGACAAACUAAAGCAGUGCAUAGACAACCUGAUGGAUAAGAGCGCUAAGACGCGUCUAGCAGGUCUGGAGUCGCUGCGACAGGCCUUCUCCUCCAGAGUGCUGUACGACUUCCUGACAGAGAGACGCCUCACCAUCAGCGACUGCAUGGAAAGGAGUCUUAAAAAGGGCAGCGUGGAGGAGCAGGCAGCGGCGGCCACAGUCUUCACCCUGCUCUGUAUCCAGCUGGGGGGUGGAGACGAGGCGGAGGAGGGCUUCAAGAUGCUUCGCCCAAUCCUCACCGCAAUUCUAAUUGACAACAGUGCCAGUAUAGCAGCCCGCCAGAGUUGUGCCAGAGCUUUGGGGAUGUGCUGUUAUGUCUCUACCGCUGAAGAAGGAGAGGACUUGAUCAAGUCUUUGGCCCUACUGGAGAGCGUGUUCAUGUCUUCCUACCCUAACAAAGAGGGAACGCUGCCCACACCCAAACCGGGCAGUCCAGCCCUACACAACGCCGCCCUGCAGGCCUGGUCCCUGCUGGUCACCCUCUGUCCUGCAUCUAGACUACGUGUGCUGCUUGACCUUCACAUCCCCAAACUGCAGGCGUGUCUGCAGAGCAGUGACGUCAACUACAGGAUAGCAGUGGGAGAGACCAUCGCCCUGCUGGUGGAGCUGGGACGAGAUAUAGACGAGGAAUUUGAGGUGGAGGACAGUGAAAGUAUGUGUGAAUGUCUGAAGAGUUUGGCCACAGACGGCAAUAAACAUCGAGCCAAGAACGACAGGCGGAAACAGCGCUCCGUCUUCAGAGAUGUGCUCCAUUACAUCGAGAACGAGGACUUCACAGAGGAGAAGAUCAGGUUUGGAUUGGAGAGCGUUUACAUCGACAGCUGGAUGAGGAAAAAAAUCUACGAUGCCUUCAAAGAGAUCCUGGAGUCCGGAGUCAGACACCAUCUACAGUUCAAUCCACUAGUGAGAGACAUCUUUGGCCUCGGCCCCCCCCUCAUCCUGGACGCUACGGUCAAAGCCAACAAGAUCUCGAGAUUUGAGAAGCAUCUUUUCAACUCCGCUGCCUUCAAGGCCAGGACAAAACAGAGGAGCAAAGUUAGGGACAAACGGGCUGACGUCAUGUGAGAGAAGGAUGGGAUGCAAAGAACUCCUUGGGCUAUAACGAGAUGGAUACAAUAUAAUGCCUUCAACACUUCAGAUGAAAAAUCAAAAAGUUAUUUUAUUAAUUUUAUCAAUAUUAAAUACAGAGCAAGUGAAGUAUAAAGUGUCAUGGAAGACUCAAACAUUUUGAAGCUUUAUGGUACAUUUGAUAUCUGUGUUACGGUCACUGAAACCCUCUUUGGUGCUGAUGGGUAUCAUCUCUGAUACUCAGUUUAAACUGCUGCCUGGUGGCUUGAGAGGUCAGUCGUUUUUUAUGCCUUAUUAUUGACUUCAGUUUCCACAUGGAGCUGUUUUUAUUCUUGGACAUAAUCAGUCCUGGUUAAUACCUGAAGUUAAAUGUUCGAGCAUCAACUUCUGUAACAAAAAAACAGCCACGAUGAUAUCCUGGAAAUCCUCUUCUCUUCAGUUUCUAAAUAUUCCUCAUUAUUCCCUCAGUCAUCCUCUGUCUUUACACCCAGAGAGGCGACUUCAACUGCCAAACCAGAAACUGACGUAACAAACAAUGCAACCUAAAAGAGAAUGUGUGUGUGGUGUUUGUGUGAGAGUGUUUUUAAUUGCAUUUUAUUUAACAUCAUGAAAUAAAAUGCAUACAGAACACAAACAAAAGAUGCCUAAUUAAAAAAGAUAAUAUUGUCAUAUUUACAUUAUUGUUUUGAGAGGAAGAAUACAUUUUAACCAUUUCUGCUGGAUAAUUGUAAAUUAUUAUAAGAGCAGUACUGUGUGAUUUUUAAGAACCUUUAAAAAUGCUAUGAACUGUUUACAGACACAAUAACGGGAUACCAAUGACAAGAAGAAUUUAUUUUGUUUUUUCAUGUAUACUUUUUAAUGCGGGUGGGUGGGUCAUACAAUCUGUCCAUGUGCUCGUAUUGCAGAUAGACUGUGCAUAUGGAUUUAUGAUGAGAUGUGUACUUGAAUCAUUAGAUGCAAAGAUUUUACUCUUGAUGAGAAGUAAGUACAUACAGGCAACUAACCAGAGCUGAUGACCAGACGUUAGCUGGUGUAUGUAGUGGUGAUCAGAUGUUUUUGAUUAUAUUCAAUUAAAAAAUGACAGUUGCCUGGGAAUAUCAGUACCUUUUGUGAAAACGUCUCAUUAGCAUUCACAGUUUCUAUUGUUGAACCGGGUCUGACCCCUGGAUGAAGUUCAGGAACAGGCCUCCUUAUGUCAGCGGGGUUCUGGUGUUACAGCACAUGGACAGAAGAUGGAUCAAAUGAAAUAAAGACUAUUUA